CUAGUGUACUGUUUAUCUUGAUUUUUGCAGGUAUGGCUACAUCUCUAGUCCGUUCAGUAGCUCGAGUGGCGCUCACACGUGGCACGGCUCUCCGAACAAUUUCUACUACUCCUAACUGUUUAUCCAGCAAGGCAGAUGAUAUUAUGGAAAAAUGGCCAGCAGAGAAGUUUGACAAGCACUUCAUCGAUUAUUUCAACAGACCAGAAAUUGAUGGCUGGGAAGUGAGAAAAGCACUCACCGAGCUUCACGACUACGAUGUCAUACCUGAUCCCAAAGUUGUAGAAGCAGCUCUUCGUGCUUGUCGUCGCGUUAACGAUUUCGCUCUCUGUGUUCGAUUUUUGGAAGCGAUCAAGAUCAAGUGCGGAUCAAGGAAAAAUAGAGAUGUCAUCUACACAUACAUAAUCAAAGAGGUCAAACCGGUGCUGGAUGAACUUGGCAUUUCAACACCAGAAGAGCUGGGCUACGACAAGCCUGAGUUCUUCAUUCCUGAGCCUGAGAAGUGGUGGGAGAAGAAGUGGUACUAUGACUACGGUCUCGACAAGAUACCUGCUUUCCAAAUUGGUAAAUAAAGCUAGUGAUGUAGUCGAUAUAAAAGUUUGUCCCAGUUUGUUCAUCUGUGUGAUACUGUCUGGAGUUUCGGGAGUUUUACUGUUGUAGUGUACAGUUGAUUAGGGCCCAGUCUAUACAUGAUACUUUCAAGAGUAGCUUGAUCGAGCGCUAUAUUACUGCCUGUUACUGAUUUGAGAUUAACAGCAUGAAUUUUUUAAAUUGUAUCACUGCUCAAUAAACCGUCACUAACAUGCAACAACUGCAAAUGGCA